GAGACACAGGUCAGGAGCCCAACGUGGAGGAGAGGAUGUGGGUAUGCUGACAUCUGCAAGCCAGAGGUUUAACUGGAAGACGACCGCAGCCGUGCUGAGUAACGAGGGCCUUAACAACAUUGAAGAAACUCUGAGACAUGUAACUUCAUUUGAAGGUAAUAUUUUAACCGAACGUUUGACUUUUGUCGUGAGAAAUGAGCCGUUUUAACUUUCAUGCGUGCUGUGUCCAAAGUACUUUCUGUUAGCGCGUUGUUGGUGACUUAUUUUGCAGUUCGUAUUGCGCUGUUUGGUCACCAGAAAAGUGAUGUUGUUAAUCGUACUCUCGGUUUAAGUUCGUAGCUAAAAUGAUCAAAAACUGCAGCUUUACGUUCUUGAAAGUGCUUCGUGAAUGCCUCUAUUGAAAGUUGAGAUUUGCCUUUAUUCCUCCGAGUCACUGCUGCGCUUAUCUGCAAUUUUAAUGCGUCAUUCAUUGAGAGAUUAGCUCCAACAUUCACCCUCCCUGCAGCGAGAGACAAAUUAUAAUCCUGACAUUAGUUUAAUUUGACAGAGGAGAAGACCUGUUGCUGAACUGUUUGUUGUGACUGUCUGAGGCUAUACUCGUGACUGCUUAUCUCUCGCUUUUGCUCCUAUAAUAACAGCCUUUUCUUCCGAGCACAUGAUAAAACAAAAGAAGAGAGUAGGAUCAUUAGAAAAGCAGCUGACUCAGUACAAAAGAGCCAGAUCUGGAUUUUACUUUUGCUUUGAAUCGCUGCAUAUCAGCUCAUGUGAGAGGAGAGAAAACAUUAGUCAAAGCUCGCCAUCACUCAUCAAAGCCUUGCUCCUUUGUAAAGAGCUGCUUCCAGAGCUGUAUACUCAGUGAAAGCUGCAAUCAGCAAAGAGAUGUUUGUGUCCUGAAGAGGAUUUACUGAUCCUCUUUUUAAGGACUUUUCCAAACACAAAGUGGGAGAAAAGGCAUCUUGGUUAUGACAAGCUGCUGUUUGUAUAACCUGUUCAACUGGUGCACACACUACAGCUGGUUUCCCUCCUCAUAUGGUUGUCUGAGAGUCAAUGGACAAUGUGUGGUACAGUAUGCACUGACUAACAAUGGAGCUACCUUUUCAUUUGCCACAUAAGUGAUGACAUAUAAGAAAAAACUGUGUGUUUACCUCUGUGUAAUUUACCAUAGAUAAUUGCCUUGUCUCUUUCAUUAUGUUUUAUUCUGAGAUUUCGAUCAUGCAACAGGGUGAAGUAGCACCAAAGACUGCAGGCUAAUCUUACCCCUCGCCUACUUUUUCUUUUCAUGUGUUACUUUUUGUUUCAUUCCCUCGUCUUAGCCGAAAAGUGGGGCAGGAUUUAAGCUGCAUCUUAGGCCUGGCUCCCCUCCUGCUCGUUCCAAAUCACUCCCCAGAAAGGCUAUCAGAUUCAGAGGGAGUGGAAGGUGUGAUGGACAGCUAAUAAAGGGGGGUUUUGUCCGCAGGCGUCUCCAUUUUGUAACCUCAGGACUCCCGAGUUCUGGCCAGGGCCCAGGCUGGAGUGAAAGGGUUGUGCUGCUGCUGCCUUUAAGGGACUCACAGUGGACUUUGCACCAUAGAUAUACACACUCCCACAGAACACGUUGCACCUAUAUUUUCACUUAGAUGCAGUUUCACUAAGUCUUGCUGUUCCUAAAGUUAACCACUUUAGCAGAAAUGGGAAAAGCUGUCAUUAAACUGUGGUGUAAAGAAGAGGAAGCGCUGUUUUUCAUUGUGCGUGUGUGUCCAUCAGUAUUGUUGCUAAGGCUGUCUGGCACCAUCUGGCACUGCUGUAAAAGGCACCCUGCUCUAAUAUUAAUGCAACACAAUUAUGUGAUUACACUCAGAUCAGUGUCAACACAGCUAAGUGGCCUGUUUUUACUGCAGCCCUCUUUCAAAUCCCGGUUGAGUAAUCUGAUCUGUCAGGCAUGAAUGUCCAAAUUGCUGUCAUUGUGUAUCUUCAAAUGCAGGCUAAUCCUUAUCUUCAGACCAGGAGCAAAGACAUGUAUCAAUAUGCAGACUUUAAAUCUGGAUUUUUUUGGCAACAACACCUUUUUUUAACCUUAGGUUUAGUUUGUCUGAAGACUGAUACAGUAGACUGGCAAACUCUGAUUUUUCACCCAGGGGAAAACAACAGAGUGGCUUAAACCUGACUGGCUGUUGUUAUUCUGGUUUUGUAAUGUGUCUCAUCUUGACAGGAGCUGGCCAAAAGCCAUAACUCUACUUGUGUCAGUCUACUUAUUUUUAAAACCAGGCAAUAAACAAAAUGAUCCAGGCAUCAUGUUACACCCGUAGACUGUAUAUGGAAUGGAAGCCGCCUGCCUCCGGCAGAAUGUGUAACAAUGCUUUUGUGCAAUGUUGGUUUUAGGAAAUGAAGAAUAAUCGUGGAAAUACUGAGAGUUUUCCGUAUACUGGCGGAAGGUGGGACCAAGUUAUCCAUAGUAAAUAGUCUAUGGUUACACCAUAAAUAAUAAUAAUUUAGUAAUGUGUCUGCUGUUUGUUUCCUCUAAAUACUUAUACAGCUAAUAUGUGUAAGCUGUCAUAGCAUGAAUAUUAGUAAAACAUUACUUUUAUAUAUGUUGGCACAAAUUUUCAGGCCUACCGAUACUAACAUGUAACUUUUCUAGCUUGAUCUGCUGAUACUGAUAUCAUCCUGGUAAUAUUGUGCAGCCCUACUGUUAUUUUGAAGGUUGUUACUAUAGUUGCAUUGAAAGUUACAGAAGUGGAUGAGAAAAAGGUAAAAGAAUGUUUAGAAAGUAUAAAAUGUUUAGUUGAUUCGUGACCCGAAGAGGCACAAACUUAAAUGUUGUUUUUGGAUUUCAUAUAAAGCUUUUCCUAUAAAGAUUGCCAGUUUUUUUAGGUGCCCCAUCAUCUGCUACAGCUAGCUCUCUGGCAGCUGCUGCUUCUUCAUCUUUAUCUUCAUCCAUUUUGUGGCUACAGACUCACAGCUAUUUCUUUGCGCCUUAGAAAUGUUUCAUUCUUUUACAAGACAGACAUGGGCAAAAGUUUUCAAGCAAACACACCUGAUAUCAUGUUGAAGAACAACAACCAAAGGUGCACAAUAUUAUCAGCAUGAUAUCAGUUUCAGCUGCUUAAAAAGUUUGUUGUCACUUUCGGCAGAUAGUCAUAUUUUUGCAGAUAUGACUAUCAUCCAAAAAGGCGAUGCAUGUAAUAAUAGCUGGCACAUGUUGGCUGUAAAAAAGUAGAUGCAUGAUUGAAUGUCUGUAUUCAAAGCAAAACCUGUUUUUAAUUCAUAGUAGAAUGAAAUACUGUUUGUCUUGUUUGUGUGGCUCUAAAACAAACAGACUGACAUAAUAAGAGUAGUGGCUAAUCUCCGUCAUGGCUAAAGUGACUUUGAAAAUGUUGGCAUAACAGAUAUUUGCACGAUCCGUUAUUGUGUGUCUUAAAAUCAAACAUGAAUGUCUGAACAGGAAAUACUCCUUUAAAACGAGCAGCGUGUGAGAUUCCUCCUGAUGGAUUGUGACAAACAGCACAACUUUGCAAUCAGGUUUACCGGGUUAGCACAGCUCUCUUAGGGCUGAAUCAGGCUUAAUUUAUGCGGCACAUUAGAGCACGGUGAGCCAUAAUUCAGCCUCUUCCCUCUUAGCAAUUUGUACUUAAUGAGCAUCUUAAUGCAGCCCUGAGCCUGUGAUUAUAUUUAUGAUGUCGGGGCUGAUUACUGCAGGUCUGCUCGAUCCGAGUUGUGUCCUUGAGGCACUUGUGAAUUUAAAGCCUGCUGAGAUCUGUCUUGGGUUUAAGUGCUUUGGUGAGAAUGUUCCCUUAAUUGUGACAGGGUUUGUUACUUGAUUAAAUCUUGAUCUCUAAUAGGGCCAGCUUUGAUUAAAGAGUCCAAUCUUAUAAAUUUCAUCCCGUCGAUAGCAGUUUCUUGAGGCUACGGUUCAGAUUUCUCUCACACUGUGUACUUUUUUCCUCCCUGUUUCCAUUUUAUGUUUAAAAAUCAAUUAAAAAUUGAGAUUGUUGUGUUUUUAUUUGACUCUAUGUCUCUUUUCAUCCUCCAGGGACCCGUGUCCUGCAGGGCACCCAAAGUUCAGCCAGCCAAGGUGCCCACUGACGGUUUUCCGUCAUGAGGGUGCGUUUCUCUCGAAAAUUGGGCACGCUAGCCAAAGCAGGCUUCUUGCUUUGGAUUCUCUGGCUGGGCUACCUUGUGUUAGCACGCUCUUCUUUCCCCUCCUCUUCCUCUGCAGAGGAGGAUGAUGAGGAACACAAUCAUCAAGUGAGACAAGUGGACCUGGAGGAGAGCGGGGCUGAUGGGGAACUGGGGAAGCCCCUCUACGUUAAAGCAGCUCCAGAUAAUAGUGCACAUGGGGAGUGGGGCCGGGCCACCAAACUGAACCUCAGCCCAGCAGAGAAGAAACAGGAGCAGGACAGCGUGGAGCGCUACGCCAUCAAUAUCUAUGUCAGUGACAAGAUUUCCCUCCACCGGCACAUCCAGGACCACAGGAUGAGUGAGUGAGUAAACAAAAAGGAACGACCCAUUGCUCAGAUGAUGACUAUUUCCUUUCCCGUGUUUAGUCUCUGUGCGUUUUUUUUCUCUUUUUCUUCUUUUUGUUGACUCAGGAAAAAAAACAACCCUAUAAAUGUGUGUCUGGCCUUGGAGGCAGCAGCACGAGGCUGAUAGCUCUGCCAUAAUUGUGACAGGGAUGUGUUACUCAAUAGAGAUUAAGUUGAGCUCCUUACUGGAAUCAGUUUUUCCACUGACAGUUUGAAACAAUAAUGAAGGCUCUCAUGAUGCAAUGUGGGGCUUAUUGAAGCCGCUGUAAGCAGCUCUCGGCCUGGAUGGAUUUACUCCAUCCAGAGUUGUCUUCCACUGAUAUGCCCGGCUCAGCCUCUGGGAUGAAGCUCAGACUAUGAUGCCUUUUAUUUGUGGAUUUUCUUUCUGCUUUUGCUUUAUCCUUUACUGGCUCCCAUCCUAGUAAAAACCCUACCAUCGUAGUUAGGAAAACCAUCUGUAUAAAAGCUGUUUGUUUUAAACAGUGUGAGAAAAAGCCUAUAUUCUAGAGGAUCCUUAUUUACUUUUAUCAACUGUUUCAUCAGCUGAGCUUUAAGAAAAAAGAAACCACUGUGCAUUUUAUUUCAAAGCAUCAAAAUGUUUGACACAUUGGUAAUCAUGUAGCCUUUGUUACUUUAAGUUUAGAUACAAUAAGUUAUUAAUUGGUAUUAUAUCAAAAACUCAUACAUUACUACUACUAAGAAUAAUCUUUAAAUGCUUUAUUAGGUUCUGCUUUAACGUAGCAAAAUAAUUGUCCUAAAAUAAGCUUUUCUGUCUCUGUGAUGGUUAUCUGACUAGCACCUGUUUCCAUUGUUAACUAGGUAACUAGUUCUGCCCUAUCUAGUUUAUGAUUGGUUUGCUAGAGCAGCAAUGUUGUCACUCACCUUGUCAAACAAAUUAGGCUAGCUACUGGAGCACGCAAUCAGAUGUGGAACAAACAGUGUGGAUGUCCCGAAAAGGCCCUUAGUUAAGUUGGGUUCGUGAGUGUAUUCCACAGACUGUAUAUACUACAGACAACUUGGCUCCGCCUUUUGCCAGUAUACGGAUUUGAAGCCGAAAAGAUCUCAGUCAUUUGGUGUUUUUUCUCUUUUUUUUAAACCAACAUUGCAAAGUAGCAUUGUAUGCAUUCGGUUGGAGAGUCGCUGUAAUGAUGCUCGGCUCAAACAGCAUAUCCCCCGGGUGAGCUACGUAAUCUUCAUACACCCAUAGGCUGUAUCAAGUGUCAAUCAUAUAAAACAUGAACCCCCUAAUAACUUUUAAAUAUGGAGCUGCACAGAAAAAAAAGGGACUUGAGCACAAACCAGUCUUACAAUAACUAUAUGUCAACAUCGCAACCAGGAGGGAGAAAUAUAUAUAUUCUGUGUAAUUAAUUUAAUAAAUAAGUUUGUCCACAACUCCAUACGGAUUGUUGGAGGAGGCGGGAUUUAUGACCUAUACUGCAGCCCCUCACCAGAGGGUGCUGUUCUCGCGGUGGCUUCACCCAGCGAGGAGGCAGACGGCGUCCAUUCCAUAUACAGUCUAUAGUGUAUUCAAAUGCUGCUUGUUACAUUAUCUACUCCUCAGGAACGGCGCUAUAAAAUGACAAACAAACUUACGAGCUAACGGCAGUUAGGUAACGCUAGUGAAGGUAUCCGCACUCCCUGCCACAAAGCUAAACAAACCUAAGCCAUGGGAUUCUGGAAACACAACUUCCAAACAAGACAUAUCAACUCUCCAUGUUGUGUGCUCCUCUGUACUAACGCAGAAUCUGUAAGUCAGUGUUAGGGACUGAUCAAUAUAUAUAUCAGUUGGUUGAUAUGAUCGAUGACAUAGGCCCAUAGCAAGAGGACACAGAUUUACAGACUGGUGUUGUCUAAAUCAAAAUUAAUUCUGUAUUUCUGUCACCCUAGAACUUUUCCCAGUGAUCAAAACUCUUAAAUUACAUGUUAAACUAAAAUGAAUGAGGGAAAUGUGUUUUAUCUCUAGACAAUACUAUGAACUAUCCAGCAAGCGUGUCAGUGUGAUUUUAGUUCAUACAUAUCUGAUUACAAUCUCUCCCUUCGAGCUGCAGCACCCCCAGGGUUGGGAAUUUACAGCACAUACUGUCAGUCGUCUGUAUAUCUGCUGCUGACAAGUACUUCCUCUCAGGCUAAACUGAACAUAAAUCUGUUUUAGCUAAUAAUGUUGUCCUUACAGAGUUUUUCCUGCUCAUACUCACUGUUCAUCAUCAGCACUGUCUGCCGCACAUUAAGAAGAGCAGUUAAGGUCCAUGCUCGAGGUGAUUGAAAAUGAGGUUAGGUUUGAAACAAAAACAGCCUUUAAAGAGUCUUUAAUGUAAAAUCCAUCCAGAAGAGAUCUGUUUUAAUCCCACAUUUCAAACUCUCUAACCACGCUGCUUUGUCUCGUAUUUUUGUUUUUGUACCCCCUAAUAUCGGUCUCAAAAACUCUAUUAGUCUUUAUGCAAAUGAACAUUUUGCAAAUUUGACAGCAAAACCCCUGUGCUGUCGUGCUAAAACAGUUUUAUUAAAUGUAAAGGUGUGGUGUCGAGCAGAAGUGUCACUAACUCUGUCAUAUCCUGUGAAAUCAUGACUCAUUGUUUUUGCACCUAUUACAAUGUUAAACCCUUGAGUAGUUUUUGUGUGAGUUGACUUUCUCUCUACCUACAAACUGUUGCCGCCUUGUGAACACAGAGAUCACAGGAGAAACAAAAACAUCUCGUAUCAUUUGAAUGAAGAUAUUCUUGUUCUCAAUCCCACAGGGUAGUAGUAGUAGUAGUAGUUAUUGCAGAGUCAAGUUCAGGUCUCUCUCUCUAUCAUACACUUCUCAUUCAUAAAAAUCAGCUAUUAAAAAAGAAUCUGCCUUUUUGUUUCAUUUCCAUACUUCACAUGAUCUGAAGUUCCCUUUUUGAACUUUUUUUGUCCGUCCGCCGUCGCCUUUCAGUCCCCUUUUUCUCUCUGUCCCGUUUUCUUCCUCUCUGUUUGUUCAAGUUGCUGUGGUCUGUCUCAGAGCACUGCUGUGGUAUGUUGCUCACUGGUGUGAUACCCUCCCCGCCCCCAUCCCUAUUUCUGCGGCUCUUUAUUGUUUUAAUGACUGCCAUCUGGAUUAAGAGCAGAUACCUCCUCCUGCUGCCCUGAUACUUGCUGAAGCUGCUCUGGCCUCAUUAAAAAGACUUGUAAUCCCUUCCUUGUACGAGUUCAUUUAGGAGGUUGUUGUCCUCCUUAUAAAUGUGUACUGCACAUGUGUACUGUUGCUUAUUCCACUCUUCCUGUUUCUUCUUCCCACCCACACACACUCACUCACACAUGCUUCAGAUGCCGAACUAAGAAGUUUGACUACCGGCGUUUACCCACUACCUCUGUGAUCAUCGCCUUCUACAACGAGGCCUGGUCCACCCUGCUGAGGACGAUUCACAGCGUCCUGGAGACGGUGCCUGCCAUCCUGUUGAGAGACAUCAUCCUCAUUGACGACUACAGUGACAGAGGUCUGAUCCGCCACCAUGAAAAUGAGCAAAUGUGGAUUUUUUUUGUGUCUCAAAGAACUGACACAGAAAAGCCUUCCAAGCUCCGGAACAAAGAGAACAAAGAGAUCUUUCAGUCUUUGUCGAGUUUACUAAAGCAGACAAACCAGACCCCAGUUAUGUUUUGAUUUUUAAGCACUGACAGCUCAGAGUCGAGCCAGUCAAACAAGAAUAAGCCUCUGCUAUGCAUGGAGAAAAAUGCUGUCUAUGGAGCAGAGAACAGAUCAUGUGUUUGGAUGUAUUUCAAAGGCAACGAAAGGAAACAACCUCAGAGACAAGUCAGGGCACAUUUCUUUUGAUGGCAGGAAAAGGUGUAAAAUGAGGAACUGAAAGUGGUUGGUUCUAUCUUAUUGGUCCGUAGGCCUGUCACGAUAACAAAUUUUGCUGGACGAUAAUUGUGCUACAAAUUAUCGCCGAUAAACGAUAUUAUUGACACCAUUUUUUAAAUUAUAGAUAAUGAUAUUAUAUGAUAUAAUAAUGCGAGUACACCAUGUCAAAAGUGAUAAACUUUAAUUUCCACACGAGAACAACACUGGUUGUUUUCGUUGACUAAAAUAUUUCCCUUUUCUCCCACGACGAAGACGUAACGUUGACGAGCUAAACAUAAGUCGGAGAUGACUAAAAUGUGACGAGACGAAAGUGCGUUUACGUUGAUGGGACGAGACGAAAAUGACGAACAGAGUUGCAAAACUCAGUCAGUUAAACGCUCAACAUAUAGGAGCAGCUUCAGUCCGCUCUGACAGCUCUCAUCAGCCUGCUGUGCUCCUCCAACAAACAGACACACACGCACGCGCACGCACACACACACACGUCGAGUUUUGUAGUUGACGAAAACAAAACUGGUUUAAAGCCGAAAUAUUCCCACACUUGGGCUGUUGCGUUCGGUUUAGACACCAAAGCUGUCGUGUUCAUUCUGUUAGCUUGCUUUUCACUCACGACGCUCACUUGCAGCACUGUAUCCAAAAGUCUGUGUCUGUGUGCCUGUGCGCGCGCCAGCCCCCUCGUGACAAAGACACUGAAUGACUGACAGGAGGGUUCACUAACUCCGUUCAUUCCGCUAUAGAGCCAACGCCCCCAGGUGCUGAGAACAAUGCGCAGAGUGAGACCUCUUCUCUCAUCCAGCGUGUUUGGUAGCGAGAGAGGAGGAAAACAAACGCAUGUCAAUUAUCGAGGCUGGCAAAGUUAUCGACCUCGUUUUUAUUUAUCGAGCGAUAAGGCGAUUUAUUGAUUAUCGCGACAGGCCUAUUGGUCCGUUAUAAUGCUGGUAAUCUAUUAAUAGGAACGAAAUAAUUCUGCAGAGUCAUGGCGGAAAUUCGUCAUAUUGCCUUGGGUCUUUAUUUGCAGCCUUUUUAAGGGUAAACUCAAGGCUUUAUUUUGAUCCUGUGUGAAGGCUGUCUCGAUCCUCUAUACCUGAGAAAAACUGCCUGAUCUCGGCUCCCCUUACUAUCUCUUCUGAGCUCUCAGCCCCUCUCACUCUCUCCAUCGGUAAAGGAAACUAAAUGAUUUCUGCAGACUCUCCGCUCUUUGUCACAGAAACUGGAUAUAGGAGUAGCUGAAUGUCUGUUCGUCCUAAUGGAAGAAGUAUUUGGUCCAAAGCUAGCCUGGUCUGUGUGUCAGAGACGUUACACUAUGAUGAUUACAUCAGUUUGCAACGAGCUGCCAUGACAUCAUUUCCCCCACUUUAACCAUUCUGGCCAACUGGAACGCUAGACAUGCCUCUCCCUGACCAGGACGCUCCCUGCAGACAGACAGACAGCAUACUCUCAUUUUUCCAACUGGGUUAAACAGGCCGACCUCGAUCAUCCCAUGAAAGUCGGUUUGAGCCUUUGACACUAAUGGUUUUGUGGGUAAAAAUGUAUCAGAUACAAGUAUUAAACCAGCUAGAUUAUGCUAAAAACAUAGUUGAACUCACUGUUUGUAACAGGACAGAGGGUUGGGGUCAGACCAGUUGUUAUCACUGACCUUUGCAGUGCUUUUGGUGCUUUUAAAUGAGGUUGUGUUUACCGCGUUUAUGAGAAGAGGCCAGAGGAGCGCCCUCUCUUAUCAUAUUCACAAAGUUAUAAGUCAAAAGUUUCUCAAGGCUUCCCGUUCAAAUCAAAUCAAAUCAAAGCAAACUUUAUUUUAUGUUGUGCUUUUCAUACGGUCCCUGCAGCGGUCACAAGUUUGAAUCCGGCCCCAACCAUGUACUGCAUGUCCUCCCCCCCUCUCUCUUUCUAUCUCCCCAGAAAAACAAAAAAAAAAAAACAAAAAACUGAAACAACCCUUAAAGGACCCCCACUCACACACACAAUUGCCUUACUCCAUGCAGCACUACAAUCCACAGGUUACACUCACACACACAGUCUCCCCUUAAGCCAUACACACACACACACACACACACACACACACACACACACACACACACACACCAAUGCAGCCGCUAAGAUAGUGAACAUGAGGCUGAGUACAGAUGAACAGUUGAGAAAGUGCCAUCAGAGGAGCCGUCAGCACCAGGAGCUUAGAGCCACCCCAAAGCCACAGGACACCGACACAGGGCCAGGGGAGAGAUGUGGCAGACACCUCCACCAGGAACCCUGUGACCGGCCCCUGCGACCACAGCUGACCACUGCUCCUGGUGCUGAGGGCUCCCUCAGAGGAAACACUGGGGUUCCUACAAAUGAUGAAAGGAUAAAAACAAGUAAAAACGAAAAUAUGAAUCAAAUCAAACACAGACAAACUCAGUUACAAUAAAUACAACUAAAUAUGAGAUAAGAAGCCUAAGAUAGCUAAAAUCAGUGGAGAUAAAAUAAAUAAAUAUUAAUUAAAAGCUAAGUUAAAAAGAUGGAUCUUGAGCCUGCUCUUAAAAACAUGAACGUUCUCUCUGAGGUCCUCUGGAAGGCUGUUUUAUGAGAAGGAAAGACGCCUCACCAUGAGAGUGUGUCCUGACUUUAAUGUUACGUGUCUGAUGACGUUUUCAGAUAUGAUAGAGCUCACGUUUAGACAAUUACUAUAUGUUGUUAUGACACAGACGGGUCUAUAGUUAAUAGGGAGCUGACAUUCAUGAAAGAACAGCUUAUACAGAGUAGUUUGUUUAACAUUAACCGCAAAAAAGGAGCUAUGGCAAAAGGCAAUAGAGAUCUAGCAUCCAUGCUGUUCCUCGCUUGAACACCACGCCUUUCAUUUUCACACAGCGUCACAAGUUUCAUUUGAAGGCAGCACAUGAACGCUACCCUCUAAUUAUAUUCAUGAGUCAAAUUUCCUGAAAGCUGUCUUCAAAUCCCCAAAAUAAAGACAGAGAAAGAGAAGUUAAAUCCAUGAAGAAGAAGAGAUGAUGUCACUUUAAUGAUAAUGUGUUUUUUUUGUGUGUGUGUUUAUUCACGAUAGGUUACCUGAAGUCCAGACUUGCUGAAUAUGUCAGUAAUCUGGAUCGAGUGCGGCUCAUCCGCACCAAGAAAAGAGAAGGUCUGGUCCGAGCGCGUCUCAUCGGAGCCCGCUUUGCCACAGGGGAGGUACUGACCUUCCUCGACUGCCACUGUGAGUGCGUCUCAGGCUGGAUUGAGCCUCUACUGGAAAGGUGAGUUUGCUAGACUAUAUGAGCCUUUAAAACACAACUCAAAACUGACACUGACAGAAUUUUCUUUUUUUUCUCCUGUGUUUAGAAUCGGUGAGAACGAGAGCACUAUUGUGUGUCCUGUGAUCGACACCAUAGACUGGAACACCUUUGAGUUCUACAUGCAAACAGACGAGCCCAUGAUCGGAGGCUUUGACUGGAGACUCACCUUUCAGUGGCACUCUGUCCCAGAGGUGGAACGCAAGAGGCGUAAAUCCCGCAUCGACCCCAUCAGGUGAGCGUUUAAUCUCAGAGACAGUUGUAAAGUCCUGAAGAGCCACUCUGGAGGGAGGUUAUAUCAGGGGUUUGCUCAUGAAUAGGGUGCAGCUCUGCUCUAAACAUAGCACUUCACCUCUAAGUCAGUCAUUCAUUAAGCAAUCAGUUAAACUGUCAUAGAGAGAGAGGGAGGGAGAUAGUAACAGUAAGGUCAACAACCCUCCAAAACUGGAAAUGAGAGGUGGUGUCUGAGUGUUUCUCAGCAGUGAACUCUCGUUUGAACUUGCACAGAUGUGGAGGAAGCUGCUGACUUUAGUUUGGAUCUUAGUCAGCAGUUCCCUGCCUGCUGCUUUAGCCCUAUCACUAUUCAGCCGAAAACAUACAGGAUCCAUAUUGAGCGUGUUCCAUAUUUGCUCCGUAGAGCAGCAUUGGGUAUUGCCCACAGGAUGCAUAUUUGGAGUGUAGCAGCAGCUUAGUGCAGCCCCGGUCAGCUGGGCUCAGUAUAGGGGAAACAACAUGCUCACAACAGGUUGUUUUGCCUUUCUGUGGUCUAUUUCCUGAUAAUUUGGAUAUAAUUUAGUGACCGUUGAGCCUCUACUAUAUUGUGAAAAAGCAACAGGAUUUUACAGUUUCGGUUUUUGCAAGUUUACUCGUGUUUAGUAAAGUAAACGAUGUUCCUUUAUACUGUGUUGUUACCUUCAGACAGAGUCAGCAGUUAAAAGUCCUGUUGGGGUCCACAUGGAUCAGGGAUUGACCAUCAGAUUGUUUUGUGUUACUGAUAAAUCCAUAACCAGGAAGUAUUUCUCAUCUACACCAACUGAUACACAGUCAGGAGUCUGCAUAUGGUGUUUUUUUUUUUUCAAAAAUCGAAUGACAUGCGUGGUUUUCGCGCUUUACUUCGUGUCAAGUACAAUCUUCUGUGUGGAUUGACAUGUAUUGGAACUGUAGAGCAGCACGAACAGACAGCAGUGCUGCGCUCGAUACGAUGCUGCGACAGAGCUGAUAUGCGUCCUGUAUGCUUUGCUGCAUUAAUUAGAAUGGCAACCUAUUUGCUGUGUGAUACGUGACGCUGCUGCCACGCUCCUAAUACACAUCCUGUAUGUUUAGCUUUUAGUGCUCUCUGUUCCUAAUCACAAAUAUUGGCAUUUUGUUAAGAGGGACAGUAUCUAAUAACAUGCAUAUAUACAUCAGUUGCACUUGGUCUCCUUAUGUUUUCUUUAGCUUGUAAACAGGCAACUCCACACCGCUGUACAGUGAUUGAUGCCUAUAAAAUGACUUCAUCAAUAAGAAAGUGAUUAGAGCAUACCCACUGCAGAUACACACACCUCCUCUGGAUUAUAAGUGAUGAUUCAAAAAAAUAUUUGAUUUGGUUUGAAAUGAUUCUGAACCAAUAAUCUCAUUAGUUUCGCUUUUUACUGUAUCUGGUAAGACUCUGGCGUUGUUUCAGCUUUUUCAGGAAUGAAUAUAUUCACCCCUAGAGAACCCAGAACAAAAAGAAAGUAUGUAGUUUGACAUUUAGUCUGAUUUAGUUUGCUGCCUGUACCCCCACAGCCAAAAUGUCAGUGACAUGGUAGCUGGUUCUGGCCCUCUUCCCGUUGUCCCGCUGUAGUGCGAGGGAUUCUUGAUCGUAAGAGUUGGGUAAAAAUUUUGGCAGUGAUCCCUUUCAGACAGGAACUGAGAUCUUGAGCAGGUUACAUCUUGUAAAGGUGAGGUCGGUCAGCUGAGUGGAUCAAAAUAAAAAGGCUAAAUUGUUCCUGUGGAAGUGGGUGAAGAUUUACCACUAUUACACUGCUCUUUUCCGUUUCACUGUUUCUCUCAGGUCUCCAACAAUGGCAGGAGGCUUAUUUGCAGUCAGCAAGAAAUACUUUGAGUAUCUGGGCACCUAUGACAUGGGGAUGGAGGUGUGGGGAGGAGAAAACCUGGAGCUCUCCUUCAGGGUGAGUUUAGCGCUUCCUGUGUUUGCCACUGUGAUAUAUGUUUUAUGACAUAGUUUGUGGCCCAUGUUCUUGUAUUCAUCCAUCUAGCAGUCAACGGUCGCUGGCCGGCUGGUGUGAGAGCGACACAUGUCAGUGUCAGAUCACAGUCAGCCAAAGCGUCCCAGCCCGCACCCUGAUAUUAGCUGACACCUUGUUGUGACGCUGGUGUCGCUUUUCAGUUGUUUGCGUCAAUCAAAUUGGCAGAGAUUUGAGGCUACGUGUGAGUUUGUAUCAGGGGCACGCAAGGGUAGAUGAUGCAAAUCGUGUGUGCAUGAUUUAUAGUGUGUAUGAGGUUUCACAGUGAGGAGGAACGGGCUCAUCCCUUGAGUGAUGCGUUAUGCAUGUGGAAGUAAAACUGCCUCUCACCGGGACUUUUCGGCAUACAUAAUUUAUGCUCAGUGAAUUGGUUUGCAACCCAGCUUUUGGAGUGUUAAAAAUAUGGUGGGGAUGAAGCUGCUGUGGAAUUAAGAUGGAAGGAACUGUCAUUUAAUGGCUGUUUGGCUCCGGAUAUAUGGUAAUGAUUUCAGCGCCUGUAAUUGGAACAUGGCUCAGCCAAGUGUUAAGAAGGACCUUGUUAGAUAGAAACCUUUUAGACUUUGAGGAUGUUUUUUUAUAUUCUUUUUGUUUAUCUUUGGUACAAGAUGAAGCUGUCACAAGAUGGACAUUUCUGAAAUAAACAAGAGCUGUUUCGGAUGUGGUAGUCGUAGUACUUUAAGGAAACAAGAAUUAAAUUAAAGGUGGACCUGUGAGGCUUUGUUCCUCAUUUAAGGAGCAUUUCCAAUAUCAUCAUUUUAGCUGCUGACAGGUUCCUGUCUUUCUGCAAGAAGACAUGACGACACAAUAGUUUAAGGGUUUUGUUAGGCAACUUCUGGCUUACAGGCUAACUGAGUUCGUACCUCGAAGCUGGUGUUUCAUUGUAAACGGUGACCCUGUGAACUGGCUACGCCGCUCACUGAUGCCUCCACUUUUUCUAAACUGAUUUGUAUAUUUGACACCACAAUAACAUGAUAGAUCAAGGUGCUAUCACGACUCGUUUAGGGUUUCACCAGUUUCUGUAACCACGACAACCACUGACACAUUGAGUGGAAGUCGCCGGAUUACAGGGUAACUUUAUCAGAUAUAACACUGGCUUUCUUCCAUAGACUGAAUAUAGAAUGGAGAACAGCACCCUCUAGUGACGGGCUGCAGUAUAGGUUAUAAAUCCCGCUUCCUCCAGCAAUCCCUAUAGAGCUGUUGACAAACAGAAUAUACAUUUUCUUCCCCCCCGAUUGCGAUAUUGACAUGUAGUUACUGUAAGUCUGGUUUGUGCUCAAGUCCUCUUUUUUCUGUACAGCUCCAUUUUUAACAGUAAUUAGGGGUUCAUGUUUUCUAUGAUUGACACUUGAUACAGCCUGUGGCAGUAGCUCACCCGGGGAUAUGCUGUUUGAGCCGAGCAUCAUCACAGCGACUCUCUCGCCGAAUGCGUACAACGCUACUGCACAUUGGUAAUUUCCGGGAUUUUCUCCACUUCCUGGAACCACUAAGAGCAAUUCGGCUUCAAAUUCGUAUAAUGAGAGAGGGAGGAGCCAAGUCGUCCAUAGUAUAUACAGUCUAUGCUUUCUACGCAAAGUGUGACUGGUCAGUGCUGUGAUUGUCAGCACAAAACCAUUCAGUGUCAGUUUUAGGCCUAAAUGUGGAAACAAUUAAAAAAUAUUGUUUAUUAUUAGUUUCAAAUUGCCCUUGCUCGUUGAAUUGAUGAAUGAACCAUAAGCAUACUAAAAAUAACUUAUACUUGGGAAGUCACACGUGAAAGAAGAUCAGGUUUUAACACACAGACCAAAGUUCACCAGUUAGAGUUGCAUAUAAAUCCAGGAUGUAGUGUGCAAUAAACAAAGAUCUUGGUUAAUGAUAAAUGAUUCUGUGUAACUGCUGGUUCUCUAUCAGGAAGAUCAGCGUAAAAAGAUGAACAUGUACAAUAUCUGCUGACAUCAGAAGCAGUUCAUCCACUUAUUGUUUCUUAUUAUUUCCUAUCUAUGUGGCUUUAUGUAAAGCGAAAGUGUCUCAUAUGUGAUCUGUCAUGUGUAACCCCCCUAGGUGUGGCAGUGCGGGGGAAGCCUGGAGAUUCACCCCUGCUCUCAUGUGGGCCAUGUGUUCCCUAAAAAAGCCCCCUACGCGCGGCCCAACUUCCUGCAGAACACAGUCCGAGCUGCAGAGGUUUGGAUGGACUCGUAUAAACAACACUUUUACAACAGGAAUCCCCCUGCCAGGAAGGUGAGAUAAAUUCAAGGACCCGUUCCUUUAACCGGUUUGUCUCAGUUGGUUGUUCAGCUGCUAUGAGGAAACUGGAAAAUGAUUCAUGCUCAGACAAGAAUAUUUACCAGCAUUGAGCUUGGUGUCAGUUAGCCAGUGCAGGUUUGUUUUCCUCAUUAAAAUUAAAACCCAGCAGUGAUGCCGAGUUUCACCUUGUAGCACCUUGUUUAUAAGACACAGAAAGGCUUAUCUUUGAUGUUCGAGUCUGAUGUGAUAUGGUUCAGCUGCCUACUUCUCGACAUACGAUGAAACACAGUCUGGCUGACUUGGUCAGUCAGUCAUGUGUGUGUUUCUGCGGUGCGUGUCGUGCCUCUCAGGUUCUGAGUACCACCAUCACCAUCAAACAUUCAUGUAUCUCAGUUUCACCUCUCUGAAAAAAAGUGCAUUAUUAAUGUCAGGGAUCUUUGAUCAAACAAUAAAUUACCUGGUCAGAGGGAGAUUGAACACAGCAACUGGAAACCAGCGUCUGAUCUGUUAUGUUUGUGAAACUGAGUUUAUUUUGUGUUAAAGUGCAAACCCUACCCACCUGUUUUUUUUUAAUAACUUGCAUACAAUUUCGAAGAAAGUUAGUAUCAUGGAAAAGGAGAUUUUCAGAUUAUUUAAUAGUAAAAGGAGUUUUUACCCUGGAUAGAAUUUGGAGUUAUUUGUUGUCUUAUGUGUGGGGAAACCACAUUCCUCACAUUUUUUCUCAGCAACUUUUCUGCACACUGUUAUCUGAAAAACACCAGAACAAAAGUUUCUCUCUGAAGGGGCUCGGUGUAUCUUGAAGGCCUGGAAGUGAAAUUCCGCUUCUAGGCAGAGCACAUGUACACUGUGAGCAGGUGUGGCAGACUUUGGGCAGAGUUUAUUACCUGUGCAAACACACUUAUCUGUAGUAUACACACAAAAGGUGUGACCCGUCCCAGUUAGUUUUAAGGUCAAGUUUGCUGGUCUUUCUUUCGAGUAGUAGGAUCCAAGUAUGAAAUCCAGGAUGUAAAUAUUUACUUUGAUGGUGUGACAGUUUAAUUUUGGAGUCUGUAAACAGUUCUUCAUAGACUUGGUCAUCUUUUAGUGAAAUGUCAUCAACUUCUUAUCCUUGAUUUCUUCUCAAGUUUUCUUGAUGGUUGUGUGUAAUCCACAGGAGACUUAUGGUGAUAUUUCAGAGCGGCUGCUGCUGAGGAAGAGGCUGAACUGCAACAGUUUUGAUUGGUAUCUGAAGAAUAUUUACCCUGACCUGCACGUACCUGAGGACAGGGAAGGCUGGAACGGGGCUGUGAGUGUCUCAUUUUCAUGUCUGAGUUAUGUUGCAGCUUCUGUGUUUCACUGACUUUUAUCCUCGACAUGAAUCAGAAAGAAAUGGUUUUGUGAUUGUGUCUUGGUGUCCUCCUUAGUUUCACAUAUUUCCAGCGUGAGGUUUUUGUGCCGAAAGAAAAUCCUCAUGAAAUUGAGAAGGUCCAACUGAGACAAACAAAGGGCUUUGAAACCCAUUUGGACCAGGAUCAGGACCAUUUUCAGUUCAACACACAGUGCAGGAUUUCAUUGUAAAAUAUGCUGCACCAAAAAGCCGUCUCUGACUGAACAUCCCCAAAUCCGUCACGUUGUCAGGUUUCAUCUUGGCAGUGAUGCAGGGGCACUACACAGAAAUCCAUCUGUCAUUGUCAGCCAAUAAUUUUUGUACACUGUGUAUGUGCACACUGAAUUACAUAGGUGUGUAUGAAUUAAAGGUGGGGUAGGCAGGAUCUGAGGAAGUACCAGAUUUGAGGAGAAAUCUUGAAUGUAAACUCUACCCCUCCCAACCAGUUUUCCCCUCAGCUCCUCCUCUCCCCUCCGUCUCUGCUCCAACAAGCUCGCUCCUGCUCGCUCAUAUCGUUUCAGCUAAAUUCAGAUAUAAGGCAGAUAAAUACUUCAGAUAAUUACAAAUUGGGCCCAGUCAACGUGAAAGUAAAAAGCAUUGGUGCCCUGUUUUUCUUAGUGUAAAAUCAAAAUGAUAUGAAAAAAAGUCAUAAUUUUGACUCUAAUCACAAAAUUAAUGGACAAAUGAAAAUCUAAUGGUUUUGUCUAAUCAUAUCUGAUCAAAGAGGGCUGGGACUGCAUAAAAAAUGAAUAUUUUUCAGGCUUGAAAUUUGCAGAAUUUAUUCCCCAAUAUUCAGAGAAAAAUCUGAAUAUAAAAGAUUAUUUUUUUUUCCAUUGAUCCUAUCCCUCUUCUGUGUGUAAACACGAAAUGUUCAUUUGUUUAUACAUUCAUAUACACGCACACACACACCUCAUUCACAGUAAAUUGAUUGUCAUGAUUUUUAUUGUUUUCUUUUCCCAGGUUCGCAGCUCGGGAAUCUACUCUGAGUGUCUGGACUAUAACGCACCAGAGCACAACCCUACAGGAGCCCACCUCUCUCUGUUUGGCUGCCAUGGCCAGGGAGGCAACCAGGUGCAUGAAACUUUUCACACUUUAAUUUUGUCUCCAACUCUCUCUCUCUCUCUCUCUCUAUCGCUCGCUUGCUCGCUCUCUCAUGCAUAUUUCCUGCUUCAAUCACACAACCUGAUAGGAAAAGUACCUUAAAAUGUCGUCUCUUUCUACAACAAGCUGCCACAGGUGAUUCACACUCUGCCAGUGUGUCCAGCAUGUUUGGAAUUUAUGAAAUGGAAAAACUAACUUUAUUUUCUCCACAAAUGCCAAGAAAAUAUCAUAUCGUUGAUUCAAAGUACUUUUUGAUUGGACACCCUCCAACUCCAGUGAUGGAUGGAGAAGCUGCAUCAGCAGACUGUUUGUCUGUGAGGAUGUAUAUUUAAUGUUGCAGUCAGAUAACCGGCACGGCUCCUCUCUGUGAAUCUCCAGCCGGCUUGAUAUCUCUGAUUACCCGGCUGAAGCCUCGCAUCAGAUGUCCCGGGCCACAAAAAGCACCAUGUGUGACUGAAAAUCAAUGUUUGAAAGGCUUCCAGCUGAAACAAAAACCUGAGGGCCCUUCACCACCUCUCCCCCUUUUCCCUGGCCCACAUAAGAACUAGGUUCCAUUUGAAAGAUACAUGAGCCUCAUGGGCAGGAUGAAUGGCACUGGCCAGGUAAAUAAGUUUGUAGCCAGACACAGGGACCCGUGUGACUCUUUUAUCAGGGAAGACCAUUAUGGGCCCCGAUGCACCUGAAAGAUGUAUGAGAUGUGAAGAAAGGGAUGUGGAAGUUUGAAGACUGAUUACCUGACCCUGCGUUUAAUGCGAAGACUGGGGAGUGUUGCAUCUUUUGUCCUGAUGGGUCUGAUUGUUCAAAAUGACACCAGAGGGAGGAGAGUUCUGUUUGAGCUCACGGCUGGUUGAUUGAAAGGGCCGGGCCCUGGUCUGUACCCAUGAGAUCCCUCUAUAGACAUGGCAUGCGUGCAGCGCAGUCAGGACCUGAUCCCAGAGGCGAGUCCGUGAAGUGCUCCCUGUAAUCCUAGACGUAAAAAACAAGCCAAACUGGAAGAUUAAGCUUGAAGAGGCAGAGAAGAGAUGAAGGUGGAAAAAGAGCUUAUAUGGAGGUGAAAGGAGAGCUGUGGGACUCUCUUCUUCUUCUUCUUCGUUCUUAUUUUUUUUUUUUAUUCUUUCUUGAAAUCAUGCACAGUUUACAAUGAAUGAAACGGACAUCUGACAUUUGAGGAGGGAGUCAACAUGGAAAGAGACACAAGGCAGGAACAUUAAAACAUAAAAUAACAUCAAACAUUAAAAGCAACACGCAGUCAACAGACACAUCUAUAUGUACCUAAGCACCCACACCUACUACCUUCACACCCAUCUGUGCGUACAUCAGAAGAGAUGGUUAAAAAAAACAAUAAAAACAAGUCAUUAACAUUCAUUUUAUCGGUCAUUGAAAGUAAAAUUUAUCAGGAAAAUACAAGAUUAAUCCAUCCAAGUCAUCCAGCAGGGAUUUUCUUGGACUGAAUGUCCUGAAUGUAUCUUCCUUUAGGACAGGAUAAUAUUUGAAGAAAAGUUGUCUCGGUGUCAUAAACGUGUCAGAGCGAGCUCUUUAACAGAAGCUGUUACGAUACGGUAUAAUUAGUGGAAAUGGUUUCAACAUCAGCUGUUGGGAGGUCUGAAAAAACUAACUGUAAAUCUGUCUUUUUCUUCAGUACUUCGAAUACACAUCUCAAAAGGAGAUCCGGUUCAACUCAGUGAAAGAGCUGUGUGCAGAAGUACCUGUGGGACAGAGCUCCAUUGGGAUGAAGCACUGCCCCCAUGAUCGGGAGCCCAAACCUGCCAGUAUCACCUGGGAGUUCAGAGAGGUAGUGGCCAGCUUACUUUUAUACAAUGACCCCACAGGAAGAUGACAGUUCAGUUCUCCUUUUAAAUCUCCUUCAAACUCUCUCUAAUCUCUCUCAGGACGGGACUAUCUACCACCCUCAGUCUGGCAAGUGUAUGACAUCUUACCGCACUCCAGAAGGACGCUCAGAUGUGCAAGUGCGCCCGUGUGUCCCCGGAGACAAAAACCAGCAGUGGAAGUUUGAGUGGUAAGAGGACAAGGAGAAGAAGAAGCCGGAAACCUCAAGUGACCUUCUUUUAUUAUAGUGCAAUUACUACAGUGGAUGACUCUGCCACUGCCUCCACGGCUGAAGUCUGCACUCUAUUUAGAUGGGAAUGUCGAGCAAAUACAAAGGUGGUGAAAAGUCACUUUAAGCCAAUGAUUCACCCUUUUCAGCGCUUUGAUUCCCAUGUGAAUAACUAAAGAAGAGCAGUCUGCAGCAGAGUGAAUGAGGACUGCAAAGCAGGAUUUAUUGGUCUUUUAACAGAGACCAGCUGAACUGCAGACUUUAACUUUGACGUUGCUUUUCAUCCAAGUGCCUGAGCCCUUGAAACAGAGUCGAAUGCACAUCGCAGGCAUCUUUGCCAUGCCUUUUUAUGUCUAAUGCAAGAACUUUAAACCAGCUAAACUGACCCCAAUAUUCAACACAAAGAAGUGCCUUUGCGAGAGCUGAAAGACAAGGUAAUUCCUACAUGCGAAAAUCAUGCUGCACUACAAAACGUUACCCUAAUGUGCAAUUAUUGAUUAAUAUUAUUGUAAAAUCCUUGUAAUUGUUUGUUAAUUGUCAAAAAGAAGUGAUUUAAAAUUGGGCAACUUAAAGACAACAUGCCAGGAAUGUAAGGUCAGCUGCUUGUCUCCCUACACCAGUUACCUUCUGACAUGCUCCAUCAUGUGAGAGGUGAACCAGCGCCGUCAUACCAGACUGCCUCUCUAUUCUGUCUCUCAUCUGCAGAGGCAGUUUCACGCUGGAAUGCUGCCCGAACAAGACUUGAAGCAUUUAUUAAGGUUUUUGUACAAGUGCAAUUUGUCCCAGAGGGCUUAAAGAGUCCACAGGAAUGUAGUCAUCUAUUUUUCCCUGUGUUGUUGAAUUAAGAAGACCCUCACUCGUCUGUCACUGUGCUUUUUGAAGGCUUGACAUCCUAAGGGAGCUAAAAUGAAAUGUGCCGAAAUGAAAUGUGCCAGCGGAGUUCAAGCGGAACAUUGCAAAUGUUUAAAAAAACAAACCCUGGCUUGAUGGGCUUGAUUUUUAUUCAGACGCAAAAAGCCUUAAAGGUAACACCUGUGUCACGCAAUCCUUCAAUUUGCUGAUGCCAGACUCCUGCGUGUUCACUGUACUUGAAACAGCAUCAGAGACACUCCUGUGGGUUUUGUUUUCCACUGAGGACUCUCUUUGUGUUUCUACUGGGAUUUAAGGACCAAGAAAGACAAUUUAACUAUUUAAGAUGUGUAGCAGCUGUACUUGCCGAAGACUGUUUAUCACUGAGCAAUGUUAAGUGUCUGUGCUACUUUGAAGUCAUGAAUAUGUGAUACUCAUGCCAGUCAAAGUACACAGUGUGUCAUCAUGUUAGAAAACGUAUGUUUUUUUGAGUGACGUUUGGUUUAAGGGACCAGAAUGGGACGGAGUGCUCUGGAGAGGGAGCUCUGAAACUACUGAUAAUGAAAAAGGGAUGAUGGUGGUUACUUGAUAUGAAGGAGAGGGGUGGAGGUUUCAAAGAAGAUUAAAGCUUUUGGGAUGACUGAAAGAAUAAAAAACUAACAGCAGACA